AUGGAGCUAUUCGGCAUCAACAUAGGUUCCACAAUGGCGGCACUAAUGUUAGGGUGGACAAUGUUCCAGCAAUUCUUCCCUUACCACCUUAGCUGCUUGCUUGAAUUGUACACCCUACAGAUCGCCGCUUUCUUCUACCCUUACAUCCAGAUUACCUUCCCGGAGUUCACCUUCGACCGCCUGACACGGAGCGAGGCAUACGUCACCAUCCCGAACUAUCUCGCUGCGAUUUCCUCUGCCACCGCCAGGCGACUCAAGGUCGACUUCGUUAAAGAGAAUUGCGACUCUGUCCUCCUCGCCAUGGAUGACUACGAGGAAGUCACCGGCGUGUUCCACGACGUCAAGGUCAAAUGGUCUUCCAUGAAGACUGUUCGUCCCUCGCAGUCGGUGUCGUUCUACCCUGCUGCCGACGAGCGACGGUCCUUAACCCUCACUGUUCACAGUCGCCACCGUGAGUUAGUGACCAGCGGUUACAUAGCUCAUGUGUUGAAGGAAGGGAAGGCAAUUCCGUCGAGGAAUAGGCAGCGGAAGCUUUAUACUAACAAUUCGAGCAGCGAAUGGUCUAUGUGUAACGCUACGAAGUGGAGCCAUGCUGCUUUCGACCACCCUGCGAGUUUCGAUACUCUGGCUAUGGCGACGGGGCUCAAGGAAGGGAUUAAGAAGGAUCUGGUCAAGUUCAGUCAAGGGAAGGACUACUACAAUAGUAUAGGCAAGACAUGGAAGCGCGGAGAGAGGAUCAUUGUGUUCAGCACCAACUACAUCGACAGCUUCGACCCGACAUUGAUUCGGAGAGGGAGGAUGGACAUGCACAUCAAGAUGUCUUACUGUUGCUUCCAGGCCUUCAAGUUGCUGGCAAGGAAUUAUCUGAAUUUGGAAUCACAUGAGCUGUUUGGAGAAAUUGAGGUGCUCUUGGAGGAGACGAAGAUGACUCUCGCGGAUGUUGCAGAGAAUUUGAUGCUGAAAUCGGAGGACAAAGGGGCCGAGAGUUGUCUGAGAAACUUGAUUGAAGCUCUUGAACAAAGUUGCAAAAACGAAGCUGCUAAGUUGGAAGAAGUUGUCAAGUUAGAAGAAGCAACAACAAAGCUGAAGGCCACAAAAUCGGAGGAAAACGUAGCGAAGAUGGAGAGCACAGUGCAAGUGAAGGAGGAGGAAAUGGGUGAAGACAGUGAGAAAUGUGUUGCGGCGCCAACACCAUGA